CUCGACAAAAACACGGCCAAAAUCUCGUGUGAGAGAGCGAAGCCUAUAAACAGAAGGAAAAGGAGGCCAUCUGCCAUACAUUUCUCGUGCAAAAUACCCAUCUCCAAUUCAACCGACCACCCCUUUUCUUCAGCUUUUCUUGGAAAUAUCCACUCCAACCCAUCUUUUCUACUCUUCAAUUGUAAGAACGCCCCCACCUCGUAUAACUAUCCAUCCAUCUCUCUCUCUCUCUCUCUCUCUCUCUCUCUCAUUCUCCAUAUGGUUAUUGAUUUCGGCCUUCUCUCUCUCUAAAUCGAAUUGGAUAUCUGUCAAGAUCUCAUCGUCAGCAUCCCACGCCUUCGAAAUGUCGAGGCCCAUGGUUUUCACGGCGAAUUCGAAGUUACCCCAUUUGCUCGGUUUCCGCCACUCUUCUUCUCGGUGUUCUAGAUUUUCCAUUACGAGUGCAAAGAGAUCGAGUUCGUGUUUCAGGGAUAGGAAGAUCGUUUGCGCUUGUUCGGCGCCUCCGAGGAAUUGGGGCGAUGGCCUUUCUGCAAUUAAGAUAAAUAAUGAUUCAUCUGUGUUAGAGAAUUCAAGUGUGGGUAGGGAGGUUGAGGAUGAAUCGGAUUUUCUCAUCGAGUGUAGAGACGUUCACAAGUCAUUUGGCGAGAAGGAAAUCUUGAGAGGUGUGAGCUUCAAGAUUAGACACGGGGAAGCUGUUGGAAUAAUAGGGCCUUCUGGCACAGGGAAAUCAACAGUGUUGAAGAUUAUGGCUGGACUUCUUGCUCCAGACAAGGGCGAGGUCCGUAUCUGUGGAAGAAAGAGGCAGGGUUUGAUCAGUGAUGAGGAAAUAUCUGGCCUUCGGAUCGGCUUGGUAUUUCAGAGUGCAGCGCUUUUUGAUUCUCUGACUGUCCGUGAAAAUGUCGGUUUCCUUUUGUAUGAAAAUUCCAGCAUGUCAGACGAUCAAAUAUCAGAGCUUGUGACAGAAAAUUUGGCAGCCGUUGGCUUGAAGGAUGUAGAGGAUCGAUUGCCUUCGGAGUUGUCUGGUGGAAUGAAAAAACGAGUAGCAUUAGCUCGGUCCAUAAUAUAUGAUAAUACAAAGGAGGCAGUAGAACCAGAGGUGCUCUUGUAUGAUGAACCCACUGCUGGUCUUGACCCAAUUGCGUCUACUGUAGUCGAAGAUCUUAUUCGCUCUCUCCAUUUGAAAGGAGAAGACGCUCUUGGGAAACCAGGGAAGAUUGCAUCUUACGUCGUCGUCACUCACCAACAUAGUACUAUAAGAAGAGCAGUUGACAGGCUUUUGUUUCUCCAUGAGGGGAGAAUCGUAUGGGAAGGCAUGACUAACGAGUUCACCACGUCAACUAAUCCCAUUGUUAGCCAGUUUGCAUCUGGAAGCUUGGAUGGCCCAAUCAGAUAUUGAAGGAUAUACUCCCCUGGUGAGGAAUAUAUAAAACCCAUUCAUUUUGAUGGCAUUCUGGGGUUAGGGUGGAAUUUUCUUUGCUACCAAGAUGGAUGGAGGGAACGAGACACUGUUUCCACUCCCAUCUUCCUCUUACUUUCAUUUCCCUCCCCUCCCAACCAUUAACAGUUUCCAGCCAUGUACCGGCAACUGUAGAGUGUUGAUGAUGAGGAAGACGAUGGUAUCAGAUGUAGAAUUCUCAUGUCAGCAUUGCAGAUUUGUGAGGUUGACAGAUAAGUUGUAUGAAAUGUAGGAUGAUGAGAAGGAGCUAACAAGGCAACUUCCAGCAUUUAUUGUACUUGCUGGUAUCGUUCAAUCACAUAGGUUUACAUUCUGAUA